AUGGGGAAGGGCACCGACAAAUUGUACAUCACUCAUUCGGAAUGGGCGUCGUCGGAUUCCUUCUCGGCUAGCAGCGGCGCCCGGGACCGGCCCGGCGAGGGACGGUUCAAGAAGCUCCCCUUCAACUUUUGCGCCGCAAGUCUGCAGCCAUUCAAGAACCCCGUGUGCACCAGUGACGGAACGAUAUUCGACGUCGAGGUGAUCGGGGCAUGGCUCGAAAAGUACAAGACGAACCCCGUCGACGGCGAGCCGCUGGCCGCGCGGGACCUGAUCAAGCUCAACUUUGCGCGCAACGCCCAGGACGACCUGAUCGAUCCGGUCUCGUACAAGGUCUUCACCGACAACACGCACAUCGUCGCCGUGCGGCACGGCACUUACGCCAACGUUUUCGCGUGGGACACUGUCGAGCGCAUGAACAUCAAGGCCAAGAUGUGGCGGGACCUGGUCGACGAUGCAGAGUUUGGCCGCGCCGACAUCAUCACCCUUCAGGACCCACAAAACGCAGCGGCGAGGGACCUGUCGCGGUUCAAACACCUAAAGGACGGCGGGGAGGCCCUGCAGACCAGGGAGCAGGAGGAGGAGAGGAAGGCAGGCAACGUCAACGUCGACGCCCUGGGGAGGAUAGGCGAGAAGGUCCUUCGAGCCAAGGAGGCGGUCGAGAAGGCGCGCAAGGCGAGGGAGGCUGGUGUUGAUGUGAACGCCACAACAAAGAGCAAGGCAUUGCUAGCAAAGGCUUCCAGCUCAGCAAAUGGUCGACAAGCAACACAAUCACAGGCAGCCAGGAAACUACCUGCAAACGCGGCUGCAUACACAACGGGCAAAGCCGCAGCGUCUUUUACCAGCACUAGCCUUACACCUGAGACAAGCGGCGAGAGAGCACUGCUGUCAAACGAGGAAUGGAUGCUCAAGCCCAAGCGGGUAAAGAACCAAGGGUACGCCAGGAUAGAAACAAACAGUGGGGACUUGACAGUUGAGCUGCACACCGAUACCGCGCCAAAGGCAGUGUGGAAUUUUGUCAAAUUGGCCCAAAAGGGCUACUACGACGGCAUUACGUUUCACCGCAACAUCCGCAACUUCAUGAUACAGGGCGGCGACCCCACGGGCACUGGUCGAGGCGGCAGUAGCAUAUGGGGCAAGAAUUUUGAAGACGAGUUCGAUGGGCCCCGUACGCACAAUGCAAGAGGCAUCAUGAGCAUGGCAAACAAGGGCAAGAACACAAACAGCUCGCAAUUUUUCAUCACCUACCGGGCGACGAAACACCUGGACCGCAAGCACACUAUUUUCGGCAGGGUUGUGGAGGGGUUGGAUGUGCUAGACAAGCUGGAGGAUAUACCGACGGAUGGGUCUGAUAGGCCGCUGCACAAGAUUACCAUCAACAAGGUCACGGUUUUUAUUGACCCAUUCGAGGAGUUCCUCAAAGAGAAAGGCCAAAAGGAAGAGGCCGAGGCGCAGAAGGCUGAACAACAGCGGCAGGGAGGGUCCUACGAUGAUCAUGUCACCUGGACGGGGAAGAGGAUCAGGGGAGAUAACGGACAGGCUUUGUCCAAGGAUACCAGUGUCGGUAAAUACUUGAAUAUAGAGGGCACCAAAAACGACAAGUCAGCGGCAGAUGAUGGUGUAGGGUUGGAGGCAGAAGACUGGGGACAACCAGCGAAGAAAAAGAUGAAGUCGGGUGGCUUUGGCAACUUUGACAGUUGGUAG